UGGCGCCUGGUAACACAACGGUGUGUCAUUUCGGAGACGGCCCUUGAGUAGAUACACAGAAAAGUCGGAUCAGAUCACGAAAACAACCACUGCAUCCGUUGUGAUGUUUAAACGGUCUUGAAUCGUCAUCUCCAGAUACUGCGGAUCACUGUAAAGUAAUGUCUGAUUUUCUAAAACAGCCUUACAUGUGACUGCUAAAACAAUGAGGCUGAGAAUGCGAAAGGCGUCUCAGCAGCCGAACCCCAGUGUGGCAAGCCGCCCGUCCCGGGCCAAGCGGAGGCAUUCAGAAGUAGAAGAGGACACUCCUACAAGUGGAAGGAGGAGCUUGUUCUCCACCAUCAAAAAGUUCAUCAGAGGAAAUGCUGUUAAGGUGGAGCAGGAAAGUCCAGCCAAGAAGACACGUCUCCACUGUGAUGUGGACAACAAUCUGAUCACCUCUAUUCCCCCGAACACCAACACCCCCCGCAGGACUAUCAGCAGGGUUGGCAGGAGAGGCUCCGUCAAUGGAGAGGCAACCAAUCAUGACAGGAGUAAGGAGAAGCCCAAUGGCAGUAUGGAAGAGACGACAGCCGUUGAGGUGACCACCAGCCCUCCAAGAACCACCCUUCUUGGGACCAUCUUCUCCCCUGUUUUCAACUUCUUCUCACCAGCUAAAAAUGCCUCUUCUGGCUCGGACUCUCCAGACCAGGCAUUGGAGGCUGAGGAGAUAGUCAAGCAGCUGGACAUGGAGCAAGCUGUGGAGACACCCACCAGCACAGCCACAUCCACGCAGGAACUGUGUGCCACCACUAACUUCUACUCUAGUGUAUCACAGCUGCCUCCUCUGCGACCUCCCCACAUCUCUGAGACUUGUCCCACAGUGGAGGAGGGAGAGCUUGAUGCUGAUGCUGACCUUCCACCCCUAACAGCUCCAGGUUCCAGUCCAGAUAUGGCAUAUGUGGACUCUCCUCCCACCGCGGUACCACCAGAGGCAUCCUACGAGGAAGACUGGGAAGUCUUUGACCCGUAUUUCUUCAUCAAGCACGUCCCUCCACUGACAGAAGAGCAGCUCACCCGUAAGCCAGCCUUACCACUGAAGACACGCAGCACACCUGAAUUCUCUCUGGUCCUAGACCUGGAUGAAACAUUGGUUCACUGCAGUUUAAAUGAGCUGGAAGAUGCAGCACUUACCUUCCCAGUUCUCUUUCAGGAUGUCAUUUACCAGGUGUAUGUGCGCCUGAGGCCGUUCUUCAGAGAGUUUCUGGAACGCAUGUCUCAAAUUUACGAGAUCAUCCUUUUUACAGCCUCUAAAAAGGUGUAUGCAGACAAACUGCUCAACAUCUUGGAUCCUAAAAAGCAGCUAGUGAGACACAGGUUGUUUCGUGAGCAUUGUGUCUGUGUCCAGGGAAACUACAUCAAGGACCUCAACAUCUUAGGCAGAGAUCUGUCAAAGACCAUCAUCAUCGACAAUUCACCACAAGCCUUUGCAUAUCAGUUGUCCAAUGGGAUUCCCAUAGAGAGCUGGUUCAUGGACAAGAAUGACAAUGAGCUGCUGAAGCUGGUGCCCUUCCUGGAGAAGUUGGUUGAGAUGAAUGAGGAUGUGCGGCCGCAUGUUCGGGAGCGGUUCCGGCUUCAUGACCUGUUGCCCCCUGAUUGAAGUCGACCACAGUCUCUCAGAACGGGACAACAUGAAAAGACUGAAAGCAACAUGCGUGUAAAAAGCCCCUCUUUGGAUUACAAACUACAACAUUGCCAUUACUGUUAAAAUUUUAGCCUUUUUCCUUUUUUUGGGGUUUUUCUUUUUUUUCCCUUUGGUUUUGUUUUGUUUUGUUUGUUUUGUUUUUUUUUUUUUUGUUUGUUUUUAAAGCCACCAUUGCUUUUUAAAAAAAACUUCAAAAGAAAAACAUUUUUAAAGAUCUGGGUGACAUUUUCUAAAUAUCUAAAUGUAUAGAUUAAAUUACACACACUAUGAACAAGCCCAGGUAGACUCCUCUUUUUGACUGACUCUCCAGCUGUGGAGCCGGGUAUCGGCUCCACACUAAAUUCUGAAGUCUUGGUGCUGGUUUAGUGGAUAUGAAAAUGCCACCUGGUUAAGAGGAACUCCACCCCAACUGAGUCCCUGAACCCAAACCAACCCCUGGUGCUCACGCUGUUGACACUGAUGAAUAACGACACUCUGUGGCUACAGACCAUUUUCAGCAGGAAUGACUGGCCUGUAAAUCAAUCUGUGCAUGUGUGUAUGUUUACUCCUAGCCACACACACACACACACUCACUGAUUUGGUGUUUGGCAAACCUACAAUCUGUAGCCUUUAAAAUCAUAUGCAUUCCUCCGUAGCUGAGUCAAGUUUCUAUUGUUGGUUGCAGUUUUUUUCUGGUAAAACUGGUGUUUCAUUGUUUUUGAAAAAAAGGUAACAUUUCAAAAUGUUUUACUUCUUUUUGUAAGAUACGAUAUUUUAAACGGGGUCAUGUAAGUUUUGUUGUAAGCCUUUUUCCUAUUAGGAGAACAUGGUUGCAUAUUAAGGAGUCCACUGCAUAGUCAGAUGAAAUGGAAUUAAUCCAGGACUUUAAAUAUAGUUUGUUCUCGUUUUAACAAAUAGAGGUUUAAGUCAGUGUGUUGGCUUCACUGUGGACAUAACAUGGCUCCCUAAUUAAAUGUUAGGAUUAAGAAUCUUGUUACCUGUAAAUCUGACAUAUUGUAAAGGUCUGAGGGCAUUCAUUUUCAAAGUGAUAUGUGUCAAGGUUAACCCUUCUUUAAUAAUAGUAUUUGAUUUGUCAUUUGUCUAUAAUCAGUAUUGUCUUUUACUCCUAAUCAAGUAUUCUGGCUAAAUCAGAGCUCGGUUUCUUUUAGUUGUGAUGUGUUAUUUGAUGGCUAUGUCAGUAGCAUUAUGACUAAUGUAGCACAUCUCUGCCAGUGUGUCAUGAAGUCUACUCAUGGUAGAAAUUUAUGGCCAGACCCUGUACCAGCCAUAUCUGGCACCAGCAACAUACUGUUUUAACUGUCAGCUUCACUGACUGCCCCUCUACCUGUCCUUUUCAGAUUUUUUACCUUGUACUUUCAAGCUUUUGUUUUAUUUUGUUUUUCUUUUUUUUUUUUUUUUGUUUAGCACAGUUAAGUUUAAGAAUGGUAACUAUGUGAAUGUGUUUCUGCCUGGACACUUAAGCCAAACUGACAUUUUACUCCACUGUUGUUUCAACUUAAUUUAUUUAGUAGUGAGACAAACAGUAGGCAGACAUGUAGAUGACGUUUUGGCAUCAUGCUUACAAGCCUAAACCUGCGAGGUAAAGACAGAAAGAUCAAAUUCCUGUCAGUCACUAAAAGGCUGUCUUCUGUCCUCGGCCAAACCCUCAAUAGUCAGCUUAAAUCUCCAUGACAAUUUGGCUUGCAUUAUUGAACUUUUUACGGUUCUUGUUCAGUUUGAAUCAAAGUGCAUUUUAUGUUAAAGCAAAUGUGAGUGUUUGGAUAUGUCUGGGUUGCCUGUACAGUGCCAUACAAUUCCUCUCCUCACAAGUUGCCCCCCACCCCCAAUUUUCUGUUCUCCCAUCCCCAAAAUGCUUAGAUGGAAAGAGACAAUCAGACCUCAAAGCUCUGCAAAUACUGAAACCUGGAGACACCUGCCCUUCCCUCUAUUUUUUUCCAGCGUGCAGUAUGUGUUGUGUACCGUGAUUCCAUUGAGUUAUAGCCCCCACCCCUCCCUCCCCAUGAGUAAAUUUGCCAGGUGAAUCCUGCUGUGCCCUGCCCAAACAAACCCUGCUGCUCACUCAACACAGGUUCUGUUCAGAGAUGGUUUCCUGCCUGUCUUUGCCUUUUCUCACCAGAGGUUAGUAGCUCUCCAUAAAUUUAGAAUUUGUUUGUGUUCAAGUAAAAUUGUUACAGGGCACAAUGGUGUUUACUCUGUUAUGAGUACACAUGUCCAGACUAUGAAUGUAAAAUUGUACAUGAGGUGAAGUUUUAAGUGUCUUUCCGAAUUCCUUGUUGUGUUCUUUCCUCAUCAAGUAGAACAAAUAGACGAGGAGCGAUGCCAGUUCACAUCUGCCAUUCAGAUGUUGAAGUAGAGGCAAGAACAGUGUUGCAUGGGAAGAGGAAACAUGUCUUGAGGUCCCACCAUGGUAGCCCCCUCCCUGCCCCCAAUGACCUCUCACCACCCUGACUGCCAUCUUUUAGUAUGCAAGCCUCACCUGGAGUGUGUGAUGUAGCCCAGGUUUGCUCGUCUCCUCAGUGGGCCGUGUGAUUAUAUGCGAUUAUCAGUCGUGGCUUGUUUCUGAGGGAUCGGUGGGAGGCAUUUGAUACUUUUAAUCCAGCUCAUUUUUAUGUGCAUUACCAGUCUAUUGUACACUGAGUUGUUGUACAAUACAUGCAGCUUCAUGUUUAAAAAAAAAAAUCCUUAAAGUAAGGAAAAUCUUUUGUAUUUUUGAUUUCAAAAGGCAUGUCAUAUCUACUUUUUAAAUGUAUUAAUGAAGAUUUAACUUUACAUCAGAUGGAGUGUUUUUUUCUUACAAAUAUCUGUCUGUUUAGUUUAGCGCUAUGUCACUGAACUGUUAAACUUAGCAUGUAGAGAAUACAGCUUGCUUUGUGGGAAAGUCCUGAAUUAAAUUUUAAUCAUGGCACUUUUUCUGCAGAAAAAAAGCAACCGUGUUAAUGUUUUUUUAUUUUUUUUUUUUCAAUAUCCGUUAAGCCAUUUUACUUGCAAGAACUGCUAUUUGUGCUGAAGAUGUAUUUAAAAAAUGUUUUAAGACAUCUUUGUUAGCCGUCAGGCUAUAUGCUAUUGUAAAGUGUAUAUACAGUUACAUUGAAUUUCUGAAACAAAGUUUUAAAGUUAAAAACCUUUUGCA